UGCUGGCGAAGAAUGGACUGAAAAUCCAGAGACAUACGAGUCCAGCUUCUACAAGAGGACCUUGGAUAAUGACGUGUAUAUAUUCACUGCUCCAUCUUUCAACACAGAUGCCAAGGAGCCUGUGUCUGAGUCAGGGAUCCUAGUGAGCAAAGCUGUAGAUCUCGUCAUCAAUGAAGUCACACUAAAACCAGCAGUGGUGGGAGUGAAACUUAACGUCUCAUUUUGGAUGAACAGUUUCAUUAAUGCAACACAGAAGUUAAAUUGCAAAGAUGAGAUUUGCGGCUGCUUGAGGAAUGACAAGCUUGUAGACUGUGUGAUACUGGAUGAUGGAGGAUUUCUUCUUAUGUCAAAUCAAGAGGAGUAUAUUUCUCUGAUAGGUCAGUUUUUUGGUGAGGUGGAUCCAGUGCUGAUGAUCCAUCUGGUCAACACAUCCCUGUACUCUUUCAACAAGACGUACGAUUAUCAGUCAGUGUGCGACCCAGAGAAAGACAGCAAAGCAGCAGCUGGACCCCGCUCCAUCUUCGUGCCUACUAUUGCAGACUUGCUGAGUAUUGGCUGGUGGGCCUCCAGUGCUGCCUG